AGUGAGGUUUUUUGUCAGUGAGGAGGAUCAAACCUUUGAACCAGCUUGAACUCACUGCUGCUUAUUGGAGGGCUUAUUUUAAAGCAACAGGAGGAUAUUUUAAUUGAUAUUUUCGCCAUUCCCUGCUUCAUGGCCACCUUCGUCUGCAGCGCACCUCUGCCGGAGAAAGGCGCACUUGUUGAGGAUCCGCAAUUUCAGGAGAUUGUGGAGACAAGCCGCAGUUUAACAGAGAAGAUCCUGCUCUCCAUUCCCGACAUGCACAAAUCCUGCAUUCACACAGAGACUCUAAAACUCAACUCUUCAGAAAAUGCAAAACUGGUAAUCAUGGCAUCCACCAUCGGCAUCCCCUCUGCUCCGGUGAUCAAAGUCGUGUCAGAAAACUCCUCAUUGGAGGACAGCCUGACGCAGAUGUACGAGGGCCUGCAGCUGCACCGAGCCCUGCUGAGCUCCAUCUCACCUCGAGUGGGAAACAAAGAUAAAGUGACCGGGCUGAUGGCUGACGUCAGAGACCUCGCCAUUCAGAUCAACAAGAUGUUAAAGAUGGCCCAGUCGGAAGUGGUGGCCCAGCCCAACCCAACCCCCGUGGCCUUACGUCUGCCGGGGGACUACGAAGUUCAGGUGGCGACGCAUCUGACCCUGGUGCAGCUCCAGGCCUUAGGGCAGGACAUAAUCCGCUGCCUGAGGGUUCUGGAUCACGGCAAUGAAGAAGAGACCGAGAGCUGACCAGCCAGCGCCACACUCUGUGCUUGAUGUCUGUAGCUUAUUUUGCCAUGUUUUAUGAUUGUAUUUAUUUAUUGACCUGUCUAAAGAUUAUUUAUUUUUGUAUUUCUAUUUAUAUAUUUAUUUAUGGAAUUACAAUAUGCAAUAUUUAUUUAGGUUUAAUUUAUAAUAACAAGGCUUCGCAUCCCUCAGCUGAGUUUUCGUCGACAGCUCAGACAACUUGUACUUUCACCCCGUCCCUCAGCCUUGUUCUGUCGGAGGUUUUUGUUUUGGGGUGGUAGAGCGAGCCGAUCGAUGAUUGGAAGGUCGGCCCUGUAACCUGUGUCAUGGUCGUUGUGACCUUGGGCAAGACACUUCUCUCACCUUGCCUGGUGUGAAUGC